AUGACGAGAAGACGCGGUGCCGGUCGCACAUCGUUGGUGACCGUUGCGGUCGCCAUAGCCUGUUGCCAGUUCCUCUUGCGGCAGCAGGACAGCUCGGUCACCACCGUGAGUUGUAUGCAAUUGCACGAACCGCCGCCAGACUAUGCGGACUACGACAAUGACUCAAACGGAACAUCCGGUGGUAACGGUCAUCGAAAAUCCGGCAACGGAAGCGACGCAGCUGAAGAAAAUCAGCCGCUCUUUCCGCAGGAUCUUUUUACCUUGGAGCAGCGGCGCAAUGGAGCCGUCGUAUUCCACAUCUUAGGCGUCAUAUAUAUGUUUGUAGCACUUGCUAUUGUGUGCGACGAAUUCUUUGUGCCAGCAUUGGAUGUGAUUAUUGAGAAGUUGGCAAUACAAGAUGAUGUUGCCGGUGCCACUUUCAUGGCCGCAGGCGGAAGUGCUCCCGAAUUAUUCACAAGCGUAAUUGGAGUCUUUGUGUCUUUUGAUGAUGUCGGGAUCGGCACUAUUGUUGGUUCCGCUGUAUUUAACAUCUUAUUUGUGAUAGGGAUGUGUGCUCUGUUUUCUCGCACAGUGUUGACUCUUACUUGGUGGCCCUUGUUCCGAGACUGUACCUUCUAUUCAGCGAGCCUUCUUACGCUGAUUUAUUUCUUCCAAGACAAUAAUAUAUAUUGGUAUGAAGCACUAGUUCUGUUCUGUUUUUAUGUCGCGUAUGUCAGUUUCAUGAAAUGGAAUCAACCCGUCGAACGGUUUGUCAAAAAAAUCAUUUAUAAGAAUAAAGUGACAAGAGUACGCAGCACAGACCAGUUGAUGCCAACGCACGGCAAUGCUGCGACAUCAAGCGAAGCUAGUGUGGGCACAGCGCCCGGCGGCAGCGUUACUUCGAGGGCGCCUAGCGACUCGCGAGGCUCGGCCAGCGCCACCGUCAGCGGUAGUGCGGCCGGUGGACCGCAUUCUGCGCAUACGGGCGCCAAAUUCCGACAUGGACUGCUGCAGCUCAUGAUACAUACAAUCGAUCCACUUCACGACGGUAAAGUGGACGAGAAGGCGACCCAGCUGCACGCGAUAGCCUCGCUGAAGGUGCUCCUGGACGCAACGAGACCGCAGAAUGGUGCAGCCACGAGUUCGGCAGCCAACCACGUGCGCGCCCAACAGCAGCAGGAGGAGAGCAAAGAAACUGCCUUAGCGGUUGCGGCGGCUCAAGCUGCCGCGGCGGAUUUGCCGAACGGGGCGCCCGGUAAUCUGGCAGAAACAGUCGCCGAUUCGCACGGCAAUGCUGCGACAUCAAGCGAAGCUAGUGUGGGCACAGCGCCCGGCGGCAGCGUUACUUCGAGGGCGCCUAGCGACUCGCGAGGCUCGGCCAGCGCAACCGUCAGCGGUAGUGCGGCCGGUGGACCGCAUUCUGCGCAUACGGGCGCCAAAUUCCGACAUGGACUGCUGCAGCUCAUGAUACAUACAAUCGAUCCACUUCACGACGAUGUUGCAGGUAAAGUGGACGAGAAGGCGACCCAGCUGCACGCGAUAGCCUCGCUGAAGGUGCUCCUGGACGCAACGAGACCGCAGAAUGGUGCAGCCACGAGUUCGGCAGCCAACCACGUGCGCGCCCAACAGCAGCAGGAGAGCAAAGAAACUGCCUUAGCGGUUGCGGCGGCUCAAGCUGCCGCGGCGGAUUUGCCGAACGGGGCGCCCGUUUUAUUCAAAAUGCUUCACCAAAUGCCGUUGAUCAAACGUUUUAAAUGUGAAUAUGAUGAAAAUGAUAGUUACAGUGAUUUUAGUUUUAACGAUAGUUUACCUGACGGCAGAAGGAAGUCUGGACGUAUGAUUAAACCGAAUAGUAAAUUACAGGAUUAUGAAGUUUUAUUCGGCAAAUCGUUUGAUGACAGACAAUCAAGCGACAGUGGAUCGUACGGCCGUGAGCGGGCUUGGUCGAACAGUUCGGGUUACAGUGGUACGAGCAGUUCCUCGGAUGACCCUGAAGUAUUAGAAGCGGCUAAAAUACUAUUACAAUUUCGUGAACAAUGGCGGGAACACAAACAUCAACAUGGCAGUGAUUUGCUGAUGGAUACAAUAACGUCUUUGGGUUCACGAUUGAAUACGAAAAAGCGGCCUGUAAUAGCGCCUAUAAUAAAUCCAAACAUGCGCAGAUCCUUCGACAAUACGAAAUAUCAUGUGGCUGACCCAGAACAAGCGGCCAAGCGGCGAAAGAAUACAGAAGCCGCGAGGUAUAGUAGAUACCAGUCAAGAUUGCGAGAAGAAAUGUUAGAUAAACAACUGAAGCAAGCCGAACAAUCGAAUGGGGAUGCCAAGUGGCGUGUGGCCGCUAAACGGGCUUAUGUGCGAGGCUUAUUUUCGCAUUUGUGUAUCGAUGAUGUCGAUCUGGACAGUCUGAGCGACUUGGAAAACGUGGUAGAUUUAGACAAUGAUGCGCCGCAGGCUUUGGACAUGAGCUGGCCUAGCACUACCAGGAAACGAAUAACCUAUCUCCUGGUCGCACCCAUUGUGUUUCCGCUGUGGCUUACUUUGCCUGAUACGCGAACACCGCGAGGCAAGAAGUUCUUCCCAAUUACGUUUAUGGGAUCCAUAUUAUGGAUUGCCGCGUAUUCGUACCUGAUGGUUUGGUGGGCAAAUGUGGCCGGUGAUACUGUUCGUAUACCUCCAGAGGUGAUGGGGCUUACGUUUUUAGCGGCCGGCACGUCUAUUCCGGACCUGAUCACCUCAGUGAUAGUAGCCCGCAAAGGUUUCGGUGACAUGGCGGUCUCCAGCUCUGUGGGCAGCAACAUUUUCGAUGUCACAGUGGGAUUACCCGUGCCUUGGCUAUUGUACGGGAUCAUAUACGGCAAGCCCGUGCAAGUUAAUUCUGUCGGUAUGGUCUGUUCUAUCGCCAUACUGUUCAUGAUGCUGUUAUUUGUGAUCUUGUCGAUCGCGUGCUUCCAUUGGAAAAUGAACAAGGGUCUUGGAUUCACAAUGUUCCUGCUCUAUUUUGUCUUUGUCGCCAUAUCCUUAAUGUUCGAGUACGAGUACAUCGUGUGUCCUGUAUAAAGGACGACUUUGUCCAUCAGCACAUUUUUUGAUAUACAGA